UCAAGUCAGGUCAGUCCUAAGCAAUAAUGCCAAAAUGGCUGCCACCACCACUGCUGACAUGAAAUCUCGCCACCGACAACUUGGCAGGCCUCCUAAGUGUGACACAGACAAACGACAGCGACAACAAGAAGCUUACAAGAAACGAGAUGCAAGUCGUGUAUAUCUAGCAAGUUCCUAUGACAGAUGGAAACGUCUUGGCGGAAAACUUGGGCUCAAAGAUUCGAGCCUCGCAUGGCAUUUGAUGGAGGCCCAUGCCACCAACUGUGACGAGUGCGGGUUAACUGAAGAUAAUGAAGAUGAAGAUAGUAUGGAGACCAAAAAUCCAAGCCUGUUUUUUCCUGCACUAGUACGCUGUAUUCACAAGUUGUGUCAUCGUCAUUAUAGUUUCGGAGACUGUGUUCAAGUCAUGGGACUCAUUUGUUUAGAAGUUGAUAAUGGAAAAAAAGAAAACUUUAGUAUCAAAGAAAUGGUGCAUAAACCAUUUAUGUUGCAAUUAGCUAAAAAUAAUAACAACUCGACUAAAACAGUGCAUAAUUUUGAUAAUAUACAAAGCAAUGACAUUGCUAUCAAUAACAAUAUUGAGUUUAUGAAAAACUGUGAUGAAAUCCUUAACAAAGAUGAUUUAUCCGAUGAUUGCGGUGGCGAGAUGGAGGAAGACAGUGAUCCGAAUGCAGAAAAAGACUCGGAGAGUGAUUUAUCGGAUACAGAACAGUUAUCUAGCAAUAGUGACAUUAAUAAUUACACAAAUAAUAUUCUUCAUGAUAUACAGAACAAAACCACAGAAGAUAAAACCCUUUCCCAACGGCUGAUAAUUAUUGAAAAAUCGGAAGAAACCACAGACAAUUUAAACAAAUCAAGUCAAUCGGAGGAUAAAGACUCUUCUUUCAUAUCUGUGGGUAAUGAGGAAUAUGAUGUUGAUAAUAAUAACAAAACAGAUUGCUUGGAACAAAGUUCUUCAAGUCUGUUAGUCGUUCCUGCGAUUCCUUUCAGUUCCCCAAAACCAGUGUCUUUAAAAACCACUAUGGAGUCGAUGGAAACCAAAUGUAGCAAUAAUCAACAACUGGUCUGUGAUAAUCUGAAGUCAACUCAAAGUUGUUUGGAAUUCCUGCCAGAACCCAGCAAUAUUUAUCAAUCAAAAGACACCAGCUCAUAUAGAGACGACAGUAGGGCAUGUACCAAUACCCAGAAUACUGAAGCAUUUCGAGGCAGUAUAGAUCUACCGGAUGAAACAGAGUUAUCUCCCUCAAGUAUUUCACCAAGGGAAGUACAAGUACUGAAAGAAACAUCAGAAACUGUUGUACUUGAAAAUUUCAGUACUUAUCAAAACAGAAGAAUUGAAGAGAAUCAGAAUAUGGUCACGGAUGAAAGCCACAAGGAAGAAACUUCAACUGAACGAGAACCAAGUAGCACAAGUCAUGCUACAGGAGGUUUAAAGUACAAUACAGAUACAGUUGCUUUGAAGGCUAAUUCUAUAGGAUUGGAUCUUUCUAUAGUAAAAACAGAACAACCAGAUAGCUGGGAUACUCAGAAGCAUGAAAAUGUAUCAAAAACUCAUAAUAGAAAGAGAAAGUCUUCAGAAAUGGAUCCACUUGACAGAGAAAACAAUCACAACUUUUCACCAUCAUAUUUGAAUGGAAACACAAGAAGAGAAAUAGUCUAUAAGGUUGAGUAUGAACAUUUAGAAAAAAAUCCAUUCUGUGAUUUCUAUGAAUUGACUUCUCACUAUCCGAAUAUACAACAACGGACCUUCUACAGAUGGAAGAGGAAAAUAAAGGAUGAAUUUAUCUUUCUAGAGCAAAACCCAGACAUGAGUUAUGACGAUUUCUGUAAAUGUAUACCUCAUGCUAAACAAGAAGUGUUUGACACCUGGAAAAACUUAAUCGGUGGUGGUCAUAGAUUUUCAACGAUGCAUGUUAGUUCUUUGGACACAUCUCCUAAUCAUCCCGCUGCUAAGAAGUUAGAUCUCUCCUCAAUAUCCAAUAACCCUUCUUUGAGCCUUCUACAGAUGUAUCCUCAUAUGUCAUACCAAGAAUUCUCCUAUACUCAUCCUACUGUUCCCUUAGAGCUAUUCUCAUCCUACAAACAACAAGUGCUAUCCGCCAUAUCAUUUGUGGAAAAAAAUCACAAUAUGGAGUUCAAAGACUUGACAAAACACUUCAGUUUUGUAUCCGAAGAAGCUUUUCUUGCAUGGAGGAAAUAUGCUCAGAUGUUAAAUGCUCAGAGAAUGGAGAAGACUGUCAAGGAGGAAAAAACAGACCAGCAAAGUAAUCUCAUGACCAUGCAGAAUGCCAUGAUGCAGCAAUAUCCCCAUUUGAUGAUGGGAUCGGCUGGGAUGGCUGCCUAUAAUGCUCUCAUGAAUCAGGCAAUGGCAACUCCAAAUUCAGCAGCACCCCUAUUCCCGGCUCUAAUGCAAGCAGCUGUUUCUCAAGCUCAGCAUCCUCUUCUAUCCAGUCAGUGGCAGCAACAGUCGUUAGCUGCAGUACAAGCUCAGACUCAAUCUAUGUUUAUUAAUCAGGCACAACAGCAUCUACUUCUCAAUCAAUCCCAACACCAACAAUCAUCUUUAUCCAAGCUCCAGUCCCUGACUCAAGUAUUAUGUAACAAUAUGAAAGACUCUGAUAAGUCAUCCUCUUGUUCAAGCUCACCAGAUACUGUAUCACCUUUACCUCCAAAUGAAAGCAUCACGAAGAAACAAAACAAGAACGAAUAUCUUUAUUUCAUUUAUCACCCUGAUGUCAGUUAUCCAGAUUUUAACCUGCAUUUCCCUCACAUCUCCAACCGAACCUUCUACAGAUGGAAGAAAGAAGUAAAAGAUGCUCAAGCUCUGUUGAAUGAAAAUCCACAUUACACCUAUGAUGAUAUCUCAAAUUAUUUUCCAAAUGUUCCUCAAGAUAUCUUUAAACAGUGGAAAGAAAAGAAGAACCACACUACAAGUUCAUCACCUGCUCCUAUCAAGCAUCAGGUAUGGCGACCACAUGUUGCUGACUACAAACAGUUUUAUAACCACCAUUCUGUUAAAGAACCAAAUGGCAUAUUGAAAGCAGUAUUAGAAAAUGACACCAGUAACAAUGUAAUACGAAUACCUCAAUACAAACCACUAGACUUCCUGAACAGUAAAGUCCAAAAAGAGGAGGGGAAUGAGUAUAAAAAGAAGUAUGAAUAUUUGCAAAUGAAUCCCAGAAUGUCCUAUAGUCAGUAUGAACUUAUUUAUCCAGACAUUUCUUCAAAAACCUUCUACAGAUGGAAGAAAGAAUUGAAAGAUGGUUUCAAGAUGAUUAAAGCUGAUCAAGAGAUACCAUACAGCAAAUUUCGCACUUUUUUCCCCGAUUUUUCAGAAAAUUUAUUCAAAAAAUGGAAAUUGUAUCUGGAAGUGGAUCCAACAUGUAACUUGAUUAGUGAUGAAAGUCCUUCAAGUCAACCUUCAGACACAGAUGAGGACUUCAAAUUGAAGAUCCCCUCAAGUGAAGAAGAAGAAUUAGAAGAUGUGAUUUCUGAUGGUAGGACUUACAGCCAUAAUAGACAGAAGAAACAAGCCCGACCAGAGUAUCUGUGUCUCCAGGAGAACCCUUUUAUUGACCUUCAAGAAGUCAUUAAUUCCUUUCCAGGAGUAUCCAAAAGAACUCUCUACAGAUGGAAAAAAGAGAUUCUGCAGGCCGUGGAAUUUGUUAGAGGACAACCUGAUGUUAGCUUUCAAGAUUUCUCCGUAUAUUUUCCUGAAGUUGUAGAACAGAAUUUUAUCCGUUGGAAGAGUGCUAUAAAAGCUGCUGCUACUUCAUUGAAGGAGAUAGAGAAUGAAUGUCCACAAGAUUUAUCAAAACCAAAUAGUACUGAAAGCCAUGAUUCCCCCAAGCAUAAUGCUGAGAAUUAUAGAUGCACAAUCAACAUACCGAAACCCCAAGAAGCAAUGUUUUAUAACAAUGAAGGCAGAAAAAGUGCUGAGUCUGAAAAAUCAGAUUGUUCCCCAAGUGAAGAUGUGAAGAGCUUAAAGGGCCAAAGAACAGACUUUGAAUAUAUCCUAGAAAAUCCGGAGGUUGAUUUUGAGAAAUUCAGCAAACUAUAUUCUUCUGUUGACCAGUUUAAAUUUUACAAAUGGAAAAGUGAAGCCCAUCGAUGGAUUUCUUUGAUCAUGAGUAGUCCAAAUAUAGAUUUCAACAUCUUUUCAAUAUAUUGUCACAGUAUGCCUGAACAAAUCUUUGAUAAAUGGAAGCAGGUUGCACUCGGGAAUGAAAAUGGUCCAGUCAAUUUAUCUGUUCUACCUUUAAACCAAGACACCUCCACACCAUCCACUGAAACAGAUGGAUCUAUCUUCAAUAACACCAACAUCAACAACGACACACCAUCUCCAGGCUCAGAUCUGAAUGGUACUUACUAUAAAUCCUUAAAAACACUGACACCAAGAUCAAGGAAAGUGAAUCUGAGGGAAUAUCACUGCUUUCUUCAAAAUCCGUAUAUGACCUUUCAAGAACUGAAUGAGAUUUUUAACACCAUUUCUGGGAGAACAUUCUACCGUUGGAAAAAAGAAGUCAAGGAAAAACUAGAGUAUCUGGAAACUAACUUGGAUUCAAAUUUUGAUGCUUUCUCUAAACUUUUCCCAGAAGUUACAGAAGACAUAUAUAAUGUUUGGAAGCAGAAGGCAGCCACAGCUGUUGCUGCAAAAAGGACACCUAUGCAAACAGGACAUUGGUGGACCAUGAACCACCAUCAAAAUCCAGAUGAUCAGAAGACCCAUUUAACUCCCGAGUCCAGUAAGGAGAGUUUAGAUAGUCAAGCUUCUAGUCGUUAUAAUUAUCCAAAAGAAAAUGAGGAGUUGGAAAAUGAGGAAAUGGUACAGCUAUCAAAAUCGCCUGGAAUCAAAAGAGCUGCUGGAUCAAGUUAUGAAAAGGAAGAAAAGUACCCCAAGAUUGAAUCACCAGUUGAUCAACAGUAUGGGGAUCUGGGUAACACAAUACAGCAGAUGCUUCACCAAUACUCAAAUCAUUCUAACAAAUUUCAUCUACACUAUGGAAUGAGUCCUUCUUCCCAACUUUUUAUGGGAACUCCACCCCUGCUGUCGACGUCAACCCCACCUUAUGUUGUGAACCCAACUUCUGUUAACAACCCAAAUGAUGUUGUCAGAUCACGAAAUAAUAAUCCCUCAAUAUUCCCAACGAAUUCUAGUGUACCGUUAACUAAUUUAAAUAACAAAUCUCUAUCUAGUCCUGUUACAUCUUUAAGUUCUACUGUUAAUUGUGACGAGAUUUAUUCUCCAAAAUUUAGAAAGAGACAAAGAGAGGAGUACUGCUACCUCCAGCAGAAUCCUACCAUGGACUUCAACGAGUUUACAUCACACUUUCCUCGGGUAUCCAUCAGAACGUUCUACCGCUGGAAAAAGGAACUGAAAGAAGACAAAUGAAUGCGUGUUGGAGUUGUUUCCCUUUGAACUGCAACGAUGACUCCACUGACCAAGUAAUAAAGUGCUCUGUGAACAAUUAAAUAGUCAAAUGUGUAUGUUAUAUAGUAUUAGUUUGUUACAAAAUAAUAAUAAUAAUAAUAAUAAUCUAUGCACCGUGAACACUUUUAUACCUGUGUAUUUAUAUUAAACAAUUAAUAAGAGCCAAAUGCAUUUAACCUGCAAUAAUUAUAUAUUAUCGUAUUAUUGUUAUAAUAAAUGGUUUAGACUUUGUGUAUAUAUUUGUAUAUUCACUCAUUUAGAUAGCAUUCCACUAAGGCCAAACCAAUUUGAUUUUCUGUUUUUCAGGAACACCUGUUAUAAUUUUGCUUAUUUUUUUUCGGAAAAAGACUAUUUUAAAAACCUAAUGUAAUUGGUUGCACUGUUCAAACGCUAUUAGUUCCAUAUAUUUUAGUUAUGAAAUUUUAAUAAAACAUAGUGCACAAGGAUUGAGUCGGUUAUUUAUUGAUCAACAUCCUGAAGAACUAAAAAUUGUAUUGGUUUGGCCUAAUCAGUUAUACAUUGUUAUCUUAUAUUGUUCUUCAAUAAUUAUAUAUAUAUGCAUAAACUAGGGAACACAAUAGUUGAUUAUAUAUGUAGUUUAUAAACUUUAUUAAUUAAUUAGAUAUGUAUAUGUGUAGUUUUAAUUCAUACUUGGAAUUUGUUGAUUUAUUUCCCAGUAUUGUUAACAUGUGCUUGCAUUUUCUUUUAAAGAAACAUGCAUAUAUUGUCCGUCCAAUGUUUGUGCAUGCACAAUAUGCAAUAUAUUGUUACAUUCAAAAUUUUUUGUAUGCAUUAAGCCUACUAUGCUAUUAUUAAGCUCAUUAUUUAUGAGGGAAAAAAAGCAAUCUAAUAAGAAAAGACAUGGUAAUUUUCACUUUUUUUGUGAUUUUUACUGGGCAUUUCCAAUAGUUGAUGAUUUUAGUCCCAGACAAGAUUAUAGUUUCUUGAACAUUUUAUUAGUCUAUGUAACGGAUAUGAUGCAUGUCCAUUUUUUUUUUUUUUUUGUGAAAACCACAUUUUAGACAGUGUAUAUUAUUUUAAAGAUACCAACCACUAUUUAUGCAUUUACAUUUUCAUCUUACCCAAUCUUUAUUUCUGGUCGUAUUUACACACAGCUUAUCUUUAAAAGAAGGCACAAGUGAAAUAGUAAAAAAUCCUUUGUAAAUCCUGAAUUAUUUUAUUAAUGGAAGUAUUUCAUUUAUUAUUAUUUAUAUGAAGUCCCCUUUUUAGAAAUGUUAUUUAAUCGGUAUUGAAAGCAUUUUUUUGUCUUGAAAUUAUUUUUACGUUUGCUCUUGCAUACAUAUAUAUUACAUAUAUAUAUAUAUAUAACCAGUCAUUUUUAUUCGCCAUUAGCUUAGUUCUGAAGCUCAUUUAGUAGAUGCCUUGCUUAAAGCUACAUGUAUGGAAACGUGAUAUAUUUUUGGAUAGGAACCACAGAUCCUGAUUUGGUACCAAGCUAGUUAUCGCAUAAAGGAAUACAAACAUUUUAAUAAGUUGUUUCGGGUACUGGUUUUUAUUUUAAUUUACAAAACCAUCUUACCUCCAGUGCCGGAUUUAGAUAAAGAGAUGCCCUGGGCUAUUUCACUGAUUAGGCCCCUCCCUCCCAAUCACCCAGGCUCACAAUUAGAGAAAGAUAAAAGUGUUUUAAACACAAUUGAGCAAAGCUGACGAUAGUGACGGAUGUUUAAGAUUGCAGUGUGCGUAAGAAAGGGUUAUGACACUGUCAAACAUAUACAAUUUGAUCGGAGGCCCCCUAGAUCUUGAGGCCCAUCAGUCUAACAAGCCUGUAGGUAAAUCCGACACUGCUUACCUCGGUACCAACAAAUGUUUUGUGAUUCCUGUAACAAAAAUAAAUCUAUUCACGUUUAUUAUUAUAAGUAUUCCUAUCUUCAGAUACAAUCCAUACAAUGGAUUUAAAUAUAUUAUAUGUUACAUAAUACGUUACUAUAGUUACUUGUUAUUGUUUACAAAUCAUUUUGAGACGAAAUAUAAAGUAGAUGGUGGAUUUGAAUUGUUUUGAAAUUGAUCACAAAUUGUUCACUUACACAUGAUCUGUCAUGUUAUAUCCAGUGUGUGUAUGCAAUAUUAUAUGCAUGUAAAUAUAAAGGAUAUAUAUAGUAUGUCUGUUUCAAAACAAUGGAUUUGUUCA